AUGUCAGAGAAAACUCAAAAGGAUAUCUUCACGCUCUUCGAUAGACAAGCUAAGGGAAAGAUUUCGAAACAGCAACUAGGGGAUUAUUUGCGUGCCAUUGGUUUCAAUCCUACCAAUGCACUCGUGGAAGAAAUUGGUGCUGAUGCCCCAGACGCCUUGACACUCGACGAAACUAGUGCCUUGGUCACAAAACAUCAUGAAGCCUUGGAGAAAACCACGCAGGGAAAGGUAGAUGACUUUAUCAAAGCCUUCCAGGUCUUUGACAAAGAAAACAAGGGCAAAGUCUCGGUAGGUGAUAUUAGAUACAUGCUGACCGGUCUUGGAGAACGCCUUUCGGACGCCGAGGUGGAUGAAUUGCUGAAAGGGGUGGAGGUGGAUUCUGAUGGUGGCGUCGACUACCGUAAGUUCAUUGAAGAUAUCCUAAGGCAAUAG